GACGCGUUCGCGCGCAUACACGCGCACGCGCAGUGUGUGGCCAUCCCCCUGCCGAUAGUGCGCCGUCGGUAGCGGGUUUCGAAGCGUCGUUCGGUGAGUCAGUGGCGUGGCCUGUGUCCGCUCCCGUCCUCUGUUCCCCACCCGAAAUGGCGGCCGUCUGGAGAGCCCGCAAUGUUCUGGACUGCGUCGUUCGCUUCUCUGACCGAGAACUGCAAUAAUCUGGUUCCGCGUCCGUGCACCCUGUUCGGCCCUGCGUACCUGCGCCUCAAGUCGGCAUGCAGGUAGACAGUGAUAAAGAUGAUUACACUGGUGUCAUUGAUGUUGAAGACAAUGAAAGAGCUGAAGAAGCAAAUCUUCAGGAGGAACUUAAUGUGUUUCGCGCUCAGUGGAUGUCUGAGCUGACUCCAAAUGGCAGCUCUAAUGGAUCAGAAGUGGAACACGGAAGAAUCUCUGCAAAGGGGCUUUCUUUCAAAUCUUUGGGUACCAAAGGAAAACAGGAACUUGCUCGUGAAGAAAAGGCUAAAGAAUUGUUCCUGAAAGCUGUAGAGCAAGAACAGAACGGAGCAGUUUAUGAAGCUAUCAAAUACUAUCGGAGGGCCAUGCAGCUUGUACCUGACAUUGAAUUCAAAAUCAACUAUGCCCAUUCUCCAGAAAGUGAUGGAAGCAGCAAAGCUUACAAGGAAGAUAAGGGGAAGGCCAAUGAAGUAACUGAUCUAUUGCCGUACUUUCAACAGCAACUGAGCCUACAGGACUCUCCCCACAAAAUUUGUCAGCCUGAGUUUGGAGUGAACCAGACUCACAUAUCAGAUAUCCCUUUUGAAAUCCUUGUGUAUAUAUUUCGAUGGGUUGUGUCAAGUCACUUGGACCUACGAUCCUUGGAGCAAUUGUCCAUGGUGUGCAGAGCAUUCUACGUGUGUGCAAGAGAUCCUGAAAUCUGGCGUUUGGCAUGCCUGAAGGUAUGGGGCAGAGCAUGCAGCACCUUGGUGUUGUACAGUUCUUGGAGACACAUGUUCCUGGAAAGACCUCGUGUUCGAUUUGACGGUGUAUAUAUAAGUAAAACGACCUAUGUACGUCAAGGUGAGGAAUCUCUGGAUGGUUUUUACAGGGCGUGGCAUCAGGUGGAAUAUUACAGGUAUCUGCGAUUCUUCCCAGGAGGACAGGUGAUAAUGCUGACCACACCAGAAGAUCCCCAGUCCAUUGUACCCCGCUUAUGCUGUAGGACUCCAAGAAUUGAUGCUGUCCUAUUUGGUCACUUUCGUCUGUCACAGGAAACAGAUAAUCAAACCAAAGUAUUUGCUGUUCUAGCAAAGAAGAAGGAGGAGAAGGCUCCAGAGUAUCAGAAGUAUAGGUAUUAUCGACGGGCUCCUCCUCCUACUGAGAUUGACCAUAAUUUUCAUGUGGGGUUACAACUUGCUUCCAGUGGUCGUCAGCGAUUUAACAAGCUGGUCUGGCUUCAUCACUCAUGUCUAGUUACCUAUAAGUCAACUGGAGAGACUGCAGUUUCCACAUUUGACAUCGAUAAAAUGUACACACCCUUAUUCUUCGCUCGUGUGAAGAGCUUUACAGCAUUUUCUGAAACACCUCUUUAAUUUGAUCUAAUCUGCUGGUUUAGAUUUGUAUUCAUUGUAAAGUUCCUUAUGCAUGAGUGGGAUGAUAUUAAUGCUACCUAAAGAACUGCAGUCUCCGUUUGAAUAGGAUAUUGCUGUCUGAGUGCUUUUUAAAAGGUGCUAGAUAUAUUGCAAGAAAAAUGGGUCUGAAAUUGCAAUUAAAGUUUAAAUGCACUGUGUCAUUUAUCCAUCGGAGUGAUAUGGAUAAAAUAAAAAUCAGAAGUCUGCAUUGGGGCUUGGGCUAUAUAAAUAUUAGAGAAUAAACUUUGAGGCUGUUUGCAUUGGUGGCAGUGUUUUAAUUUUUCUUCUCAUAUGUCAAUAUUUGCAGAGUUUUUACAAUAUGUUACCAGAAUGAAAUCUUCACUUUUUUAUUACGGAUUGAGUAAUUCAUGUUAUCUGUGAUUUCUGAUUUCAAAGCUUUAAUUGAUUUAGUUUUUAAUAAUUUACUUAAACUGAAAUUAUGUUUCAAUAAUGAGAUAAAUGUUUUCUUUGAAA